AAUUUGUCUAUCCUUGUGGCUGUUAUUUCUUCCACUCGCCUUCAUACACCCAUGUAUUUCUUCCUGGGGAACUUGUCUGUGUUUGACAUGGGUUUCUCCUCAGUGACUUGUCCCAAAAUGCUGCUCUACCUUGUGGGACUGAGCCGACUCAUCUCCUACCAAGACUGUGUUUCCCAGCUCUUCUUCUUCCAUUUCCUUGGGAGCAUUGAGUGCUUCUUGUACACCGUGAUGGCAUACGACCGUUUCACGGCCAUCUGUUACCCUUUGCGGUACACAAUCAUCAUGAACUCUAGAAUCUGUGGGGCCCUGGCUGCAGGCACCUGGCUGUUAGGAUGCAUCCAUUCCAGUGUCUUGACUUUCCUCACAUUCACCUUGCCGUACUGUGGCCCCAACGAAGUGGAUCACUUCUUCUGUGAUAUCCCAGCACUCUUGCCCUUGGCCUGUGCUGACACAUCCUUAGUCCAGAGGGUGAGCUUCACCAAUGUGGGCCUGGUGUCUCUUGUCUGCUUUCUCCUAAUCCUUGUAUCCUACACUCGAAUCACGGUCUCCAUCUUGAGUAUCCGUACAACUGAGGGCCGUCACCGUGCCUUCUCCACCUGCAGUGCCCACCUCAUUGCCAUCCUCUGUGCCUAUGGGCCCAUCAUCACUGUCUACCUGCAGCCCACACCCAACCCCAUGCUUGGAACCGUGAUCCAAAUUCUGAUGAAUCUGGUUGGACCAAUGUUGAACCCUUUGAUCUAUACCUUGAGGAAUAAGGAAGUAAAAGCAGCCCUGAAAAAAAUAUUGCACAGGACGGGCCAUGUUCCUGAGAGUUAGUAAGAGUGGAUGGAUAGGUAUGUGGCCCUGG